CCAUGCGUUAGCGUUGGCAAUUUAAUUAAGUACGCCACUUUGUUUUAUCUGGCAGCUUGGCACCUAAACAAUGGUCCUAUUCCGACAUGAUCUUGAGGAUGCGAUGCACCAUGGGUCAAACAACGCCCGCGAUGCAACACAGAAAUAGGGAGUUCUCGGGCUACAUAAUGAGUUCGAGGUGCUGCUACACCAUGUGAGAACCCAACAGCACUGGUUGCACAUCAACACCUACCUCUACCACUCGUUUCCAACUGUCAUCCACGUUCGUUGCACCCUUUCAACAUGAAAUUCUUGGCUUCCACUCUUCUCCUACUGCCCCUCGGCGCACUCUCCGCGCCUUGUUCAGGUAGGCUUGCGACUAGCACCUCGGGUGGGGCUCAAAGCAGUGUGCCUGCCAUUCCUACGCCUUCUGCCUCUGCGUCUUCCGUCCCUGUGACUUCUGUCCAUGCGACUUCCGUCCCUGCGCCGUCUGUCCCUACGUCCUCCGUCCCUGCACCUUCCAUCUCUACGCCCUCGGUCCCGGUGCCAUCCGGCUCUGCCAGUGACAGCAUCAAUGCCUUGUUCGUCGCGAAAGGCAAGAAAUACAUCGGCACGGCAGCCGACAGGGGCACUUUGUCGAAAUCAAAAAUCUCUUCCAUCGUGAAGGCUGACUUCGGCCAAGUUACGCCCGAGAACAGCAUGAAAUGGGAUGCCAUUGAGCCUACCCAAGGGGGCUUCUCGUUCGACGGUGCUGACUUUUUGGUCGACUUCGCUGCUCAAAACGGUCUGAGUAUUAGGGGUCACACUCUUUUGUGGCAUUCGCAGUUACCCUCGUGGGUCAGCGACAUCACUGACAAGGCCACGCUCACCUCAGUGCUCGAAAAUCAUAUUAGCACCAUCGUGGGCCGUUAUGCGGGAAAGAUCAGGGCUUGGGAUGUCGUAAACGAAAUUUUCAAUUCCGACGGCUCGCUCCGUAGCUCAGUCUUCUCCGACGUGCUUGGUGAAGAUCUUGUCCCCAUUGCAUUCAAUGCAGCGCACAAGGCGGAUCCCACUGCUAAGCUCUACAUUAAUGAUUUCGGCCUUGACAGUGUUAAUGCCAAGAUCACUGACGGUAUGGUCGCUCAUGUCACUAAGUGGCUGGCCGCUGGUGUGCCCAUACACGGUAUUGGUUCUCAAGCACAUCUAUUGUCGGCUGGGGCAGCUAGCGGUGUUGCUGAUGCUCUUUCUGCUCUAGCUACAUCUGGGGUUGAGGAAAUUGCCAUUACUGAGUUAGAUAUCGCAGGUGCCCCUGCCGAGGAUUACACUACUGUCGUUGAUGCUUGUCUCAAAGUCGAGAGCUGUGUCGGCAUUACACUUUGGGGAGUUGAUGAUGCGGAUUCUUGGCUAGCCGACAAGACGCCCCUUCUCUUCGACACUAGCUUGAACAAAAAGGCUGCAUACACGGCUAUCGUCGACCAACUUAGCUAACUAGACUGUAGCAUGGCAUGAAGGCUCCAACAUACCUUCUGUCACCACCUUUGUGUUUCAUACUUCUCUUGUCAUAUAUUGACACACUCUAAUGUAAUAUUCUUACUGCACACCUCGUGUGCAUAACGAUGGAACAUAAUAUCCACAGAAUGCCCCGAAUUUCAUAAUUUUGUGAUUCUGACAGUCGACAAGCAAUACAAGAACGUAGGAGAGGGAAACAAGAACAAUAGCUUCUCAGUGAAGUACCAUCCAAAUAGCGCCAAGUGUUCUCGAAUUCUCGUUCUACUUGUAAG